AAAUUUAAUAGGUUUUUGGGUCUUUUUCAAGAGGGUUACAUACAAUAUAUUAUAAUAUCGUAAAGAGGGAGGGGGGAAGAAAACCAGGUAGUGGGAAAAAAAGAAGGGAGGGGGGAUUGGGCCCCACCUGAUCUAACCAGACUAAGAACCAUGGUUUUCUAUAUGGCUGCCGUGAUCUUAAGAAUAUAAACGUCGAUCGUUCUUUCAACGCGUUUACAUAAAUUUAAAAAAAAAUAAUCAUUUCUUAUUGUACAAUAAGAAAAAAAUAAAUAAAUAAAAAAACGUUCACAGAGGUUGGAAAAAAUGUGGUCAAAAUUAAAAAUUUUUAAAACUGAUUUAAAAUGUGAUUGUGUAAAUAUCGCGAAAUUAAAGUUUUUAAUUUCCCAGUGUAAAAUUAUAAGUGUGCAUAGUGCAUAAUGCAGAAAUUCCUUUGUCACUUUCUGAUAACAUAAUCUUUCAAACGACACAAUUUCCUGUCUCAUCAUAUAUUGUAAAAUCGAUUUUUAUUUUUUAUGAAAAAAAAAGGAAUGAGAAUAUCGAAGGGAAAGGAUUUCAGAGAAAGAAUAGAAAAGAAUAUAGAAAAAGGAUAAGGAUUUAGAUAAAGGAGGAGGUUUAGAAGAGGAUUGAAAAGAAAAAAAAUGGUACAAAAAAAAAGGAUUAAAUAGAAAAAAAAUUGAAAGAGUACAAAAAUAAUAAUUUUGCUAACUUUUGUAUUGAAAAACAAGAUUAAGAAACUGAACUGAUUCUAAAUAGAAAAUUUCCCCAAAAAGAAGAAAAUUAAGAAACGAAAUUUUUUUUUUCGAAAAUAAUGAAAAAGAAUAAUAAGAGUUAAAUAGAUACAAAAUUGAGAAAAAAAAAGUAAUAAAAAUUUUGAUUUUUAUUAAAAAAUUUCAAAUGCUAAUGAAAAUAAAGUGGAAAAAAUUGUUGAGAAACAGGGAAUGUAAACAUUUAAAGUUGAGCGACCCUGUACGGUGCAACAAGUGGUACUCGUUAACUAUAUAUAUAUAUAUAUAGCGGAGUAAAAAAAGCUCUAGAUAUAAUUUAACGUUGAAUAAUAGCCUCCUCACAUCGUCGACGAUUGGCACUUGGGAAACAAGAGAGAAGUGACGAGAAGAGCAAUUGUGCCAAAACGUCAAAAGGUCGUCGAGCAGAUGAUAUUUGCUGUCGCGUCACGCCAACGCGCGCGUGUGAUUCACACACAAUUUCCGCACCUGUAUAAUUUUUAUUAUUAUUCUUUUCUUUUAUCCCAGUGAACAAAUACUCAUUAAAUAUCUAAAGAGACAAUUUUGAAAAAAUGCAUCAUUUUUUUUUUUUUUUUUUUGUAAAUAUUGUAAGACAAAAAGUUUCCAAGACUGAGACAUUUUUCAAUAGUUCAUAAUUAUUAAUCUACCAAAAAAAAAAACCCUUCGCCUCUGAUACAAAGAAAUUGAAGAAAAAAAUAUAGAAAUUUAAACACAAAAAGAAGCGAACCAAAAAAAGAAAUAGAAAAAACUACUUAAAAACUUUUACUUUAAUAAUUAUAUUGUAAAUAAAAAUUGGAUAAUAAAUUCUCAAUCUUUGUUGAAUUGAAUGAGGCAUCGUAGCGUGAAUGGGGAGAGCAUGCGUAACGUUAUAAUACUUUCGUUUUUUCCAGUUCUUCCCAAGAGCCGUACUCGAAAAGCGCGCGAUAGUCUUUUAUUCCUCCUAAUAAUAACCGGUCAAGGCUGAUUUUUAUACAAGAAUUUAGAAAACAAAAAAAAAACUAAAUUGAAAAAAUUUGAAUAUAAAAAAAAAUUAUGAUAAAAUAAAAAAUGAUAUAAAAAUAUUGAAGAAUAUUUCAAAUGCUGAAGAAGAUUGGAAUUUUUUUUUCCAAUGAGAACAAUUUCUAGUCCAGUAGGAAGUUUAUGAUCCUUGACAAAAAAAUAUUACAAAAAAAAAAAAAAAAAAAAUUCGAAGAAUGGAGAGUGAAACAGGCCCACCACCGUGGUAUUCAAAAUGCUUUGAAUAUUUACGUAAUCGAAAUCGUAUUAGUCCUGGAAAUGUGGAAUUAUCUGAUUGUGAUUUUUUUAUAGUUGAAUCUAAAAGAACAUUAAGAAUAUUGAGACCCACAUUGAAAAGUGGUAAAUUUUAUGAAAAUACCGAUCAUGAACGACCUGAAUCGUUGAAUGAUAAUUUUUUUUCCCGUUGGUCAAGAAGACCACAUCCAUCAGGAAAUUGUCGAUGUUCAUUUCGACAACAAUGGAAUAAUCGAGUGAGCACCACUGAGGAAGAAAUAAUAUCUGCUGAAAUUAAUCGAAUUAGAACAAGUCUUUGUGAGGCAAAAACUGGUGAGGAAAUUGCCGAAAUUGAAAAACGUGUUUCAUUAACAUUGGAAAAUUUACGUGUCACCAAUGAUGAACAACAACAAAAAAUUAGAGAUGAAAAAAUUUUCGAUAAAGAUGUGUCUGUUAAAAAUAAAAUUGUCCGCGAUUUAGAAAGUUACAUAAAUGACCUUCUGGAGGAGAUUAUGAGCGACACGAUCAAGUUCAUAUCCGAGGCUGGGAAUUCUCUUGACAGGAAAUUAAGAUCUAAUGAAGAUAAACAUUGUGAAAAAAAAACAAUGGUACAAAAUUCUCAGACAAAAAUAAUCAAUAAUUUUGAGAUCAAUUUUGCGUUUCCUGAUGAAAAAAUGGAAAUAACAACAUCUAAUGAUGGUUACGUGAAUCCGGCAUUUGAUGGCACAACACGUGAACCCGAUGCUUUAAAUUUUUAUCUACGUCGUCAACUUGGCACGGAAAUUAUUCUCGAACAAUUGGAUUGCAUUGAUUCGGGAAUAAAUAGCGUUGAAACUGUGGAAUUGCAACAGGAACAGGAACCAAGCUUAGAGGAAUCUCUAUUGGAAAUUAUUGACGCAAAAUUGGGAAGAACAUCAAUAAAUGGCAAUAAAAAUUGGGACGAAUUGGAAAAUAUUACAAAUUUAAAAGAUUCGGAGAAUUUAGAAAAAAAUAGAGAAACUUUUAUAAAAGAUGAAAAAACCCAAAGUAUUGAAAAGGAAAUUUCCGCAAUAAAAAAGACUGAAAUCUUAGAAAAAUCAAUUGAUAAUGUAGAUUCACUACAAGAGGAUUUUCGCGAAUUUGAAGAUCAUGUGGAUGAUGAAAGUUUUGAGAGGCUUCGAUUAGAAUUUAAGGAAAGUACAAGUACUCCAAAGGCAAAAACAAAACGAAUUACAGCAUUCAAGGAUAAAUUAAUAAGUCAUUUAAAUAGUUCAAAUAAAAAUAAUCAAUCACUAAAGAAUUCAUCGUCAAAUCUUUCACUUGAAUUAAAAGACUAUAAUAAAAAUUGGUCCAACUUUGAAGUGCCGUCAAAUUCAUUUUGUCAAGAUCCAAAUGAUUUUGUUGUUUUUCGAAGAAAUCGAAAACCAACAAUUGUUUUUAUUCAUGGUUUUGGUUCAUCAGCGGAAAUUUUUUCACAUCAAUUGGAAUAUUUUUCAAAUUUAGGUUAUCCUUGUAUAGCACCCGAUCUAUUGGGUCAUGGUAUGAGUUCUGCAUCUAAUCGAUCUGGAGAUUAUCAUUUUGAAAAAUUAUUACAAGAUUUGGAUUUAGUUUUACAUCAUUAUGCAUUUAAACCUGAACAAAAAUGCGUAUUAGUUGCACACAACUAUGGAUGUAGCUUUGCAACGGCCUUGGCCUGUAAAUAUGAGAGCAGCAUUCAUCAAUUGGUGUUAAUAUCUGGUGGUGGACCAACACCAUUGGCACCACCAAGUAAUGAAACUGCUGGACAUUGUUGUCUAAGGGCAAUGCUCACACCAUUUCUUGUUUGUGGACUUCAUCGUGAUAUUUUGUAUUCAGCAAGGGGACGUCAACAUCCUUAUUGUGGUUUUGAAGAAUCAGAGGAACAAUGGCCCUCACAUAUGAAAUACGUAUUAAAAGGAAUGUCAUGGCCGGAAGGUGACUACGUAUUCCAUAGAAGGAUAUGUACGCCAACUCUUUUGAUACAUGGACUCAGGGAUAAUAAAGUGUCACUCGUUCAAGAAUGUCAAAUGGAACGAACCAUGAUCAAGGCAUUUCUCGAAGCAUUGCCAUCGGCCGGACAUAUACCAAUGACUGACUGUCCAAAUCAAAUAAAUCACAUGAUCCACUGUUUCAUAGACCUCUGGAAGAAUAAAAGAUGGUGACAAAAGUGCAAUGAAAAAAAAAAGUGAAAAAGAACAAUUUAAAAUUAAGUACUUGAUAAAUUAUUUUUUUUAAAAGACUUUUCAUCGAAAGAAAAUCCUUGUAGAUAGAUAGAUUGUAGACAUUUUUUUUGUACAUUCUGAUAUAAUACUCUUUUUUUAAUUUUCUUUACAAGCGCUCUGAGUCCAUUUUUCCACUGCCAAAUUUCCACAAUUUUUGAAUUUGUUAAAAAAAAGAAAUCUAGUGCGCACGGUUGUACCAAAGUGUAUAUUGACUUUACAGCACCGAGUAAUAAAUUAUUAAUUUACAAAAGAAAAAAAAAAAA